AUGAACAAAUCCCAAGUCAUACACUCACUCGACCCCAACGCCCCAGCCAUCGCCGCCCCUUACCCCCUCAAAAGGGAAAGGUACAGGCUCGAGGACACCCGCAGCAAGUUUAUGCAACUGUCGAAUGGCUUCCGCAGAGUGCCACGCGAACACGCCCGGCUCUCCUUCUCCAAAGUGGUCUCCGAGGAAAGGUUCAUCCGCGUGGACUUCAGCGAGAACAGCCAGAACCAGAAGACGCCAUCGUUAACAGGUCUUGAGGGCAUCGUGGCUGGCGACAGCGCCAUCUCCACCGUCGGCAUUGGGCUCGGACUCAACUACAGGGGCUACAAUAUCGUCGACCUCGCCAACAAUUGCAUCUUCGAAGAGGUUGUCCAUCUGCUACUCUUCGGAACGCUGCCCACCAAGGAACAACUGACUGCUCUAGUUGAGCGAAUUUCCAAGCUGAGAAAGCUGCCACCAGUCCUGGUGCGUGUGCUUGAGGCCCUCCCCAAGGAUUCGAACAGCAUGGACGUGAUGAGGACCAUCAGUUCGGUGAUGGGCAUCAUCGAGCCUGAGACCGAAAAGAACGACCAGAUCAACAUCGCCCUGCGUUUGAUGGCCUGCUUCGGCCCCGCCCUCAACUACUGGUACCACUUCAGCCACAGCGGCAAGCGCAUCAAGAUCGAGCUGAACCCCGCCGACACCAUCGCCGUCAACUUCCUCAAGCUCUACCACCAGAAGGAGGAAAUCGACCCCCUCAUCAUCAAGACCUUCGACGUCUCGCUCAUCCUCUACGCUGAGCACGACUUCAAUGCCUCCACCUUCACCGCCAGAGUCACAGUAUCCACGCGAUCGGACUUCUACAGUGGCAUCACAUCAGCCAUCGGGACCCUCAGAGGACCCCUCCACGGUGGAGCCAACGAAGCUGCCAUGAAGAUGCUGGAAGAACUGAAGUCGGUGGAAGAUUCCAACGCCUUCCUGGAGGCCAAGUGGAAGGCCAAGGAUCUCAUCAUGGGAUUCGGACACAGGAUCUACAAGAAAGACGACCCCCGCAGCAACAUCAUCAAGGAGUAUUCGCUCCAGCUCUCCAAGACCAAGUACGGCAGGCCCAAAAUCCUGGAGAUUUCGCAGAACAAGGCGCGCAUGAUCAAGGAGAAGCAGAAAUACCCCAAUCUCGACUUCUACUCUGCCAGUGCCUACAACCAAUGCGGCAUCCACACGAUAUUUUGACGAUUUAGCGAUUUCUUCACGCCCAUCUUCGUCAUCUCGAGAACCUCCGGCUGGUCUGCACAUAUCAUCGAGCAGCGCAAGUCCAAAAAACUCAUCAGGCCUAUGUCUAACUAUACCGGACCAGGACCCAUUGCGUUCACUCCCAUCGGCCAGCGUCCCAAGCUUUGA